AUGGCUGAGCCGGGCUCUCCCUCGCCGCCUGCUGAGGGACCCCUCGUCUGCCAGGACCCUGAGAAGGCGUCCUCACCCCCCGGGAAACAGAGGAAACCCAGGCUCCGCCGCCGCCGCCUCCGCCUGGGCACCAGCCGGCAGCCGACCUUCGCCACCUAUUUCCCGAAGGUUCUGAAGGAAAUUCACGCAGGCCUCAGCCUGUCUAAGGAGGCCAAGGCCGUCAUGGACUGCUUUGUGAGAGAUCUCUUUGAGCGCAUCGCUGAUGAGGCCGCCAGCCUGGUCCGCAACAAGAGGGGCUCCACCCUGACCUAUAGAGACAUCCAAAGUGGGAUACGCCUUGUGCUGCCCACUCAGCUCUACAAGUGUGCCGACAGCCAGGGCAACAAGGCCCUCAUUAAGUUCAUCUCCAGCAAGUGA